AUGGAGGAAUGGCUCAAGAAUGAGGAAGGGAGGCAGCAACGAGCGCUGGAGAUCAAGGAGGAUCGUCGUCGUGAACGGCGUGACGCUCAAAGCCGUCGCGACCGGGACCAGCAGCAGAGCACGAGCACCGAGGACGCGAAAACUUCCUCGAGCAGCACCGACGACGCCGAGCAGAAGCUCAAGUUUCUCAAGAUUCGAUCUUGGCGUGAGAUUUACGGCACUGGCGAGGGCAAGGAGCUGAUGAAGCAGCAACAAACUCAUCAGCAACACACGGGUCGCAGCCCAAGUCUGCGUGAUCUACGCAGAAGAGCGCAUCAGAGCCUCGCCUCGAUCGCGCAGAGCCCGACGCGUGCUGAGGAGCGGCCAGUGAGUCCUCCACCACCGUCACUUUCUCCCACUAGCAGCGAGCCGACCCACACCCGCCACCAAUCGCUCACGACCGAGCAGUUCACCAUGCUCGCGCCUCCUGAUCCGCCAUCAAUCCCGACGAGCUGCUUAGGCGGCGCCUUCAUGCAGGAAAUGGACGACGACGAGAUCGCGAUGGAAAUGCAGCUGGAAGACGAGUUCACGAACGGGAUCCCACCGCCUCCGCCUCCACUGUCGAGUCCCGAGGAGUUCACCGACCACGGACUUUCGUACUACUACGACCCCAAUGCGACGCACAACCUGACACCACCACCUCCCCCUCCCCCUCCACCACCUCCGCCGCCCCCUGAGCUUGACGAGCAGAGCAAAUCAGACGCGUACUACGACGCAUACGAAGACGAAGAAGUAGAACAAGAGGACGGCGUUCUACCUCCCCCACCGCCCCCUCCAUUGGAAGAGUUCGAGGCGUUCGAGCAGCCCCCACCUCCUCCCUCUGGAUCACCCCCAGCCUCCGAAGCCCCUCGUCCUUCGACUCUACUGGAGGAAAUUCAACUCGGUACUGCUCUACGCAGCUCCACGGACCGCCACACUCAACGCGAAGCCCCCGCGCGGCCUCUGAGUCCGCAGGCGGCUCUGCUACAGCAGAUCCUACAGAAACAGAGUCGCCACCUGCGCCCAGUCGAGCCGCGCGCGCGCCCGCCCCUACAAACCCGCCCCUCGUCCAGCGCGCCCUUCGCCGAUGCCAUCGCGCGCAUCCUCGAGCGCCGCGCAGUGAUCGCCUACGAGUCCGACAGCGAGUCCCACAAGUCCAACGACGACGACGACGAUGACUGGUAG